AUGGCCGACCUAACUAAGAUCCAAGGUUUCAAUCUUAUCCAAGAGACCUACAAGCAGGUCGGCGACCAUCCAAUUCGCGCCGAUAUUCUCGUGCCGCAGACGACGUACGAGGGGAAAAGACCUAUAGUUGCCCGCUUUCACGGUGGUGGACUGGUAAUGGGUGACUCUCUAUACAUGGACUGGUUUCCAUACUGGCUGUCCGAUCUUGCCCUUGAGCACGAGGCUGUUAUUGUCAGCGCCAAUUACCGCUUGAUGCCUCAAGCAACUGGCUUGGACAUCUAUGACGACAUAAAAGACUUCUGGGCAUGGCUACAGUCUCCAGUUGUGGAAGAGAUUCUAGCGACGUACACCACACCCACCGAAAUCGACCUUGCACACAUCCUCGUGACGGGAGAGUCAGCUGGUGGACUGCUGAGCAUCAAUUCUGCCCUCCAGCUUGCGAAUUCAGAUUUUGUCGGAUUUCCCGUGCGCGCUGCCAUUGGCAUGUACCCAACUGUAGACAUGAACUCCACGGAUUUUACUGAGCCUCGUACGACCCCUCCCUUUGGGCAGCAUUUCGACGAAUCGAUCAUCAGCGCGAUUCUAGACACCGCUCCAGACGGGCCUAUCACUUCAACAUCCGGUGAUUACCUCCCUCUGAUGCUGGCCGCGAUCGAAUACGGGUACCUGGGGGAUUGGUACGCGCGAGACUCCCAUCACUCUGAAACACUAUACCCCGUUCAGCAACUGAAAAAGGGAGUUCAGAUCCCCAGAGGAGGUAUUACCAUCAUUCAAGGGCUCAACGAUACUGUAGUGCCGCCGCACCAUUCAGAGCCCUUUAUCACUCGACUAGCUAAGGUAACGGCCGGCCAGCCAGGGAACGACAAGAUUCAUCUCAUUACCCACGACGGUACAUGCUGCUUUCAGAUUCUUGAAACUGAGACGCGGCAGUACCUAUGCUUUGGAGCGAGUGUACCGGCCUUUCGGAAAUCAAACCACCGAGCGGGAUGGUUAUAUGACCACCACUAUGCCGUCCUUAAUCCAUUUCUCACCUUCCCACAUGCUUUUACUGGUGUGAUAUUUACCACUACUCAAAUCGGCAAAACCAUGUCCUCAAUCCACAUUCCCGGCCUCCUACAACCCGUCAUUGCCCUGAACGGAUGGACUUUCCUCGUCGAGAUCUGGAUGUUUGCUACACGUAUUCCUGCCGUCGGACACCUGAAGGAAUCCUCCGAUCCGGCCAUCACUAAGGCCGAGCUGAACGAGAAGACGCCGCCCUCUGUGCGCUGGAAGGGCGACAACUACAACAACCUCCUGGAGCAGCCGACGCAGUUCUAUGCCGUUGCACUGGCUCUCGCGAUUGCCCGCCACGGCGAGGAUAAUUCUGUCGACCAGGGACUAGCGUGGGCGUAUGUUGGGACAAGAAUCAUGCAUAGUCUCAUCCAGUGCACGAGCAAUAUUGUCCCUUUGAGGUUCUGUGUGUUUGCGGUCUCUUCCGGAAUUCUGGCUGCGCUGACAGUCAGGGCGGCGGCGGCUGUGUUCUAA